GGUUACUCUUAAUGGUCCAUUAAUCAGUUAACAACACUGCUAUGCGUACGAACUUUUUUGUACGAUAACAGUGCGACGGACAAGAUCGAACCAUCCAUGCACUAAUCAUACGGCAGCCCAUCCAUUGGAUUGACCAUUGUAUAAACAUCGUAGGAUUAGGUGUUGUACGCACAAUAGUUUCUAUCAGGCGAUUUACCAUUCCUUCGAAAAGCUUUAGAAGCUUAAUUUAGUAUGAGUUUGCCUUCUCUCCAUUUCGUUCUCAUCCGUUUCCUCGGCCAGAUCUGCUCCGAGAGUCCGAGGCGGCGAUGCUGGGGUUUGGUUGAGCUGAUUGGCUCGCGACGCUGUGUUCAAGGGUGCUGGUGUGUUCUUCUUGGAGAUCUGGUUUCGUGUUCAGUUCGUGGUACUUCCCUUUUGGUCCUGUCUUGGGGAAUCGCUGGUGUUUUUCAUGUGCUGCGUUCGGCGAUUCGAAGGUGCUGUUCUUUACUGCCGAGGCUAGAUUUGGCGCGCGCAUCUUUCCCUUUCUCUGUGUGGGUUGAGAUUGUUUUGCUGUUUUUCUUGCAAACGACUUUCGAGGUUUCGGUCCCAUGGAUGACGCGGCGUCGACGCUGGAUGCGAUGGCGGCGGAGGAGGAGGAUGACAACAAGGAGAGCUGCAACAGCGCUUGCGGGCAUGGAUAGGACAGCGGAGGAGGAGCGGGACGAGACCUGCAUCUGCUCCGGGGUCGCCACCAUCGCCACCUCGGUCCCAUGCAAGAAGUGGCGGUCGCCGCCCUCGCUGCCCACCCCAAGCCCGCCGCCGGCUGCAACGACACCUACGCCACCCAAACCUCAGGAGGCCGCAAGGUCAAGUGGACCGCCGAGAAGAAACCCCGCAGCAGGAAGCGGGCGCUCGAGUGGAUGUGUGCUCCUCCUCCCCCAAGUCCAACGACAUGAAGGAGAAGAAGAAGAACAAGGACAAGUUUGCCAAGGAGGACGACAUGAAGAACAAGUGCCACUUAAAUGUCUCCGUCAAGAUCGAGGAGAUUCCCGAGGACAACAUUGUUUGAUGUGUCACCAUCAGAAAGGUGAGAUUGUUUUCCGAUGGUUGCCAUGGGGUGGAAAUGUUAGAUUUUUAAGGGGAUUUCAGUUCCGUGCCACCGAUCUGGAUGAAUGAUGGGAUAUUCAGUAGAUUUCUGAGAGAUCCAUGGCUUUCUCCUGCAUAUAUUUAGGGUGAUACAAUGGUCUGAUGUUGACUGCUUUUGUUGUCUAGGAUUCUUCUAGAGAAUGUUGCAAACAUUCUGUCUCAACAGGACACAAUUGAAAGAGUUCUCACAUGUGGCAACGCUUCAGUUGUUCUUGAAUGUGCCUUUGCCUUGUUGGAAGCUGCACUCGAUCAUCAAUAUGAGGUUUUAGUAUUGUCUUAUCUGGCUUUCUUUCCCGGUGUCUGCAUUGUAGUAUUGUCAAGUGUUGUUAAUCAAUUUGCUCGUUAGUCUACGUGCUUAAAAAAUGAAGUUAGCUAUUUUUGCAGUGUUAUUAAUCCGCACCUUUGUUUCGUAUAAUUGGUUCUUUCACAAAUCAUAGAUAUGCCUGACUCGCGAGCCUGUUUCGCCAAUCUGAUUUGAUAUGCGUUAUUUAUCCUUUAACCUUCUUUGGAUGUGUAGUUCCCUAACAUAUUGGUUUUCUAUAUUUAGAAAAAGAAUCUUUGGGUCUUUGGUAAAGCUUCAGGAUGUCCCUCAUGAGUAAAGAUUCCUGAACCCAGGGCAAAGAUUUGCCAAUUUCGAAAUGAUAGUACUAUUGCCUACACUAAAGAUAUAGGUUGUACUGUUACAUGAUUUUGGCUUUUUUUUCACCUCUUAGCAUUUCCUCGAUGUUUCUCGCUUUUUAGUACAUUGUGAUGUUGAAUAAUGCUUAUUGCAGGUUUAGCCACAAGAUAGAGAAACUUGAGCCAUCAAACUUUCACAUCUCACAGAUGCGGGCACAUGAUGUGCCUUGUUCAGUCAGCUCAUCAUGGAAGUCUUUAGUUGGCAUACUAAAAUCUCUUUGUAGAGGAAAUGACUGGCCACUUCUUUUCCAAGUAGGAUAUGCUCUGUUGCUCUCUGAUUUCUCAGUUCGUGUUUUCUAUUACACACUAUACAUUAAUUUUGUGGCAAGUACUGGCAUUUGACACCUUUUUUGUUACUGUCUAACUUGGUGCCUUCGUUUUUAUUAGCAUCUUUAGUUCCAUGUCUUCGCUGGCUGCAUUUAAAAUAGGUAAUGAAAACUUCUCUCGUCCCUCACUGUUUGCAUCUCUACAUGUGGAUAACAUUUUUUCGAUUGUUCGACAUAUAUUAUAUAACUAAUUUAAGGGAUAGUGCUAUCAUACCUCUGUUAUUGUGUCAUCUCAAAAUUUCAGAAUCACAUUACUUUUGUUUACUUUGUCUGUUUUGCAAAGAACUCUUGUGAAGUGGGUUGCUCCAAUGUUGAAAGGAAACUUAGGCAGCUACUUGAUAUAGGUUGCUCCAUAACUGAAGAUGAGGCUUAUUUUCAUACAGGGCAGAGUGCAUUUCUCUAUUAUCUCAGGGUGCAGACUAUGCCGAAAAUUCACCAUUGACUGAACAUGAGAUUGACUCUAGAAUUUUUUAAAUCUACGACUAUUCACGAGGACCAGUUAAAUAAGCAGAUACUUGAAGACCCUGCCUUCCAUCACUACGUAAUGUUUACCAGGAAUGUACUUGCAGCUUUGACGACUAUUAACUCAACUGCCAUGAACUCUAAGGAUUCUGGUAACAUUGUUUUCCGUCUGUUCACUGAUGUGCAGAAUUUCUAUGUGAUGAAGCAUUGGUUUGACAGAACUUCAUAUCUGGAGGCUAUUGUUUAUGUGACUAACAUUGAGGAUCACCAGAAGCUCUCCAAGGGUGUCCAAUCUGUUGAGAUGCAACAAUUGUGGCCAACAGAGGAAUUAUGUGCCACAUUUCGUAAUCAUUCUCAACCUUUCCAGAGGCAGAUGAAAACUGAGUACAUCUCUGUUUUUGGCCAUUCACAUUUCCUCCCUGCCUUAUCUUCUUCCUUGCUUGAAUACAAUCCUUGUUAUAGAUGAUGAUUUGGUUUUCCAGAAAGACUUGUCAUCUCUGUGGAAGCUCAACAUGGAAGAUAGAGUGAUAGGUUCUAUACAGUUCUGUGGAGUUGAUUAGGUAUCAAAAGAUUAUUUGGAAGUUUGAUUGGUGGACUAAUAGAAGUCUUUUUGUGUAUGCAUGGGAGUUUUGCCUGUCAAAGCCUGUUGUAUGAUAAAGGCAUAAGUAUGUAUCAACAAAUAGAUUUGAGAGGAUACAAAAUUGUGAAUCUUUGUUCUUGUCGUUUGUGGCUUCAUGUAUUUGUAUGGCACAAUGCUUUCACAUAAAACAAUUUUCACUGUUGAGUAAGCAAUAAUAGCGAAAUAUGAAGGACAACUUAGUUUGUAGUA